UCUUCAGCCUUGUCCAAUGAGGUCGGGCACGGGUCAUGGCCCGCGGAGUUUAAGUUUAGUCGGGGGACCCGGAAAUGGUGAGCCCAUUGUGGAGGCAAGGGACAGGUUCGGUGGCGCACGGGCGGAGGGCCGCGCUUCCAGCCGAGUUACCCCGGCCGAGUGAGGGGCUACAGGGCCAAGCCCUGGGCCAGUGCAGGCGUCGUCACCGCCCGUGGCAGGCAAGCCGAAGCGCACGGGCGGACACGUAUGGACGUCUGAGCGCUCCUGGACCAGGACGAGUGCACGCCGGGCCUAGUCCUCUGCGGAUGCCGCGGCAAGGUUCCUUAGCGACUGCUUGAAGUUCCCGUGAUUGCCGAGAGGCUGGGCUUCGGAGGAAGGUAUCAAGAAACAAUGCUUCCUUAAAUUUGCUUCUGUAUUUGCCUCAUCAAUGUCAUUCAUAUUGAGUAUCUUAAGAGAGAUGCUGGAAUAUUUUGGUGUUCCUGUGAACCAGGUUUUGCAGAUUUGGGAAAAUAAAGACUAUGGAUCAGCUCGGAGUAUUGUUCGUAUUAUUGGGAAAAUUCUUCCUUUAGAACCUUGUCCCAGGCCUAAUUUUGAGCUGAUCCCACUCUUGAACUCUGUGGACCCAGCUAACUGUGGAUCUGUAGUUCCAUCUUUUGCUGACGUUUUGUGUGUGACGAAUGAUGAAGAAGCCAGUUAUGUCAGAUUUCGAAAUAGUAUAUGGAAAAAUGAAGAAGAGGAGAAAAUCGCUUCUUUCCAUCCUUUGCAACUAGUUGAAGAUCCAUUGACACCUGCUCUAAGGCAUAACAAACCAACAAAAAGUGAUUGGCCUGAAAGUGAAGCUGCAAUUAAAAAAAUAGCUGCCCUUGAAGAUGAGCUAGCUUUUCUUCGCUCUCAGAUUGCUGCAAUUGUGGGAAGGCAAGAACUGAGAAACAGUACAAAUUCUGGCUCCUUGGACUUGAAGAACAACAGGCCUAGUGGUUUGGGACACAUGCCAUCAUCAGGGACUACUCAACUGAGUGUCGAACCAGAUUCGUUUUCAAGUUCAGUGUUUCCCUCUCCUCCUCCUCCACCACCGCCUCCUCAGGUUUCUUCUCUACAGCCUCCAUGUUCUCCUCUCGUGCAAACAGCCUCUAAUAAUAUUUGUGCAUCAGAUAAUUCAGCAACUGAAGUGAAAAAACAGCACCCAGAUACUAGGAAAACCAAUUUUAGUCAUCAUUCAAAAAACCAGAAAAAUAAAGAUGUUCCAAACAUGUUGGAUGUUCUGAAGGAUGUGAAUAAGGUCAAGCUACGUGCUAUUGAAAGGUCCCCUGGGGGCAGACCCAUUCAUAAAAGGAAAAGACAAGACUCACCUUGGGAUCCAGUGUCUUUAAUAUCCCAUGCACUUAAGCAGAAAUUUGCAUUCCAAGAAGAAGAUUCCUUUGAGAAAGAAAAUAAUUCCUGGGAGUGUUCUCCAUUUUCUAGUCCAGAAACUUCAAGGCUCCAGGUGCUGGCUGACAGACCAAGAGAGCCGAGUGCUGAAUUAUGUCCCAGGGGAUCCAUAAACCUUGGAAUGACAAUUCCUACCUGGACCAAAAGCUAAUCAACUGGAUGGAAGAAAGCUCUGUUUCAUGUUUCAGUUGUACUUUAUCCUCAAGCUGCACUGUUUUGUAUAACGCAACUGUUUUACGGGAAUCCUUUAGAAAUUCUUCCCAUACUGAAUUUUUUCAAAAGAUGCACUAAAAUUGAGAUCAAUGACUCCUUUGAAUGCAAUGAUUUUGUUAAUGACAACCAAAGGUCUCCCCCAAACCAUGUUGAAAAUUCUGGGAAUAAUUCAUUUAUGAUAUAGGGUUAUAAUAUCUGAAGUAAUAUCAUAGAUAAGAGUUCUUUGGGCCAAUCUACUCGUGCUGUUGAACAAUUUUAUAACAACAAAGUAUGCCUGUUGUCUUCAAUAACAUACCUCUGACUCAGAGGCCAAAAUGUUCAGAAAUGGCCCUGGAGAAUAUAGCCAAUAUUUUAUAAUAACUAUAAAUGAAGUAUAAUCUGUAAAAUCUUUGAAUCACUAUAUUGUAUACCUGAGACUAGCAUAAUAUUGUAAGUCAACUAUACUUCAAUAAAAAAAUAAAAACAUGAUUAAAAAAAGAAAUGGCCCUAGAGAUGUAAAUCUGAA